AUGGCUUCUCAAUCUCUCACCCUUCUCUUCUUCUUCCUCCUCUUACCUUCCCUCCUUCCUGUUCUCCAUGCCCAGCAACCCUACGAAGGCCUUCUCACCACAGACUGCGAGACCCAACACAACGCCUCCUCUCUCCUUGGCUACUUCUGCAACAGCCAACCCAAUUGCCAGGCCUUCCUCACCUUCCACUCCCAGCUCCCAUAUAACUCCGUGGUCUCCAUCUCCUCCUUGUUGAGCUCCCACCCGUCCGAGCUCUCCCAGGCCAACUCCGUAAGCCCGACCGCCACCUUCCCCACCGGCACCAAGGUGGUGGUCCCUGUCAACUGCUCUUGCUCGGGUGCAUACUACCAGCUCAAUUCCUCCUAUCUGGUACAAUCUGGUGAUACUGCUCUUGUCGUAGCCAACAACACCUAUCAGAGUCUCUCCACCUGCCAAUCCAUCAUGAACCAGAGCCUCAAUGGCACCACCAAGUUGUUUCCCGGCGUUGAGAUCACUGUGCCUCUUCGGUGUGCUUGUCCUACCAGCAAUCAGACAUCCAGUGGCGUGAAGUACCUGCUGAGCUACCUGGUGGAUACCGGCGACACCAUCUUCGGCAUAAGCAGCAGGUUUGGGGUGGACCAGCAGAGCAUCGAAGAAGCAAACGAGAUAUCGGGCACCAACAUCUACCCCUUCACGACCCUCCUCAUCCCCCUACGGAGCCAGCCCAACACGUCCCAGCUCGCGGCCCCUCCGCCUCCGCCGCCGCUGCAGUCACCUCCCGCCGCUCCCCCUCCGGCUGGGAACAGCUCCAGCCACACCGGUCUUUACGCCGGGAUCGGAGUCGCCGCGGGCGCUCUCGCCCUGGCUGCGCUUGUCGCGAUCUACUGUGUUGCCGCUAAGGCCAAGAAGAAGAAGAAGGUAAGCGAAGCUCUUCCACCCAAUGAUUCAACCACCUACGGAACAGCAUAUGGUAAAUCAUCAGACGUGGAAUCCUACGAGAAAGAAGCAUCAGAAGACGUAAAGACGAUGAUAUCCGAGAUCGGGCACGCCUUGAGAGUGUACAAGUUCGAGGAGUUGCAGUUCGCAACAGAGAACUUCAGCUACGAGUGCCUCAUCGAAGGAUCAGUUUACAGAGGCAUGUUUAAUGGGGACGCAGCUGCUGUGAAGGUCGUCAAUGGGGAUGUGUCCAAGGAAGUCGAGGUACUGAAGAAGAUCAACCAUUUCAAUCUGAUCAAGCUCUCUGGCAUCAGCUUCAACCAAGGCCAGUGGUUCCUCGUGUACGAGUACGCCGAUAACGGGCCUUUAAGCCACUGGAUCUUCGACACAUCCGGUUCCAAGGUGCUGAGCUGGGUUCAGAGGAUGCAGAUAGCUGUGGACGUCGCCAAUGGCGUCAGCUACCUCCACAGCUACACCGAGCCGGCGUACGUGCACAAGGACGUCAGGAGCAGCAACAUUCUGCUGGACCAGACGAUGCGGGCGAAGGUGGCCAACUUCGGGAUGGCGAGGGCGUCGGAGGGAAGAGACGGCGAGUUCGUGUUGACGAGGCAUAUCGUGGGGACGAAGGGCUACUUGGCGCCGGAGUAUCUGGAGCACGGACUGGUGUCUCCCAAGCUCGACGUGUAUGCUUUCGGCGUGAGACGAUCACCGGGAGAGAUGGCUCGGAAACACAGAGAGGGGAUAAGUUCUCAUGGAAUGCGUUGGUCACCAUUGUUAGCGAAGGCGGAGGAGGAGGAGAUGCCAUGGAGAAGCUUGGAAGCUUCAUGGAUCCUCUGCUGGCAGGCAAAUAUCCUUCAGAUUUAG